AUGCCAGCCGCCGGCGCCGUCGCUGGCGUCACUCCAUCCUCCCUCCUCCGCCUCCCCUCGUCCCCGGCUCCCAGCUCCCCGGCCGCCUCGUCGGCGAGGCCCCGGCGCCGCGCGCCGCACCCCCUCCUCUCCCUCGCCACCACGCCCUCGCGCGCCUCCUUCGCCGCCGCCGCCGCGCCGGCUUCCGACAACGGCUCCGCCUCCAGUUACGGGAAUCAAACGCCACUGAUGCCGCCGUUCAGCGGACUUAUGCUCGACGAAGGUUCUAGGUCUAAGAAGCCGUAUAAAUGGCAGCGGGUUCUACUCAAGGUAAGCGGGGAAGCGCUUGCUGGAGAUCACACGGAAAACAUUGACCCGAAGGUUACAAUGGCAAUUGCAAGAGAGGUUGCUUCAGUCACCAAACUAGGUGUAGAGGUUGCUAUUGUUGUUGGUGGAGGCAAUAUCUUCCGUGGGGCUUCUUGGGCUGGAUGCAGCGGUCUUGACCGUUCCUCUGCGGAUUACAUUGGUAUGAUGGCAACUGUGAUGAAUGCUAUAUUUCUUCAAGCAACAAUGGAGAGCAUUGGGAUACCGACACGUGUCCAGACUGCAUUCCGUAUUUCAGAAGUGGCAGAACCAUACAUACGCCGAAGAGCAAUCAGGCAUUUAGAGAAAGGAAGAGUUGUUAUAUUUGCUGCUGGGACAGGCAACCCAUUCUUUACAACUGAUACAGCUGCUGCUCUUCGUUGUGCAGAAAUCAAUGCAGAGGUAGUACUUAAGGCAACAAAUGUUGAUGGCGUCUAUGAUGCGGAUCCUAAGCGUGAGCCAAAUGCACGCAUUCUGGAGACAGUGAGCUACAAUGAGGUGAUCUCAAGAGACCUCUCAGUAAUGGACAUGACUGCCGUUACACUAUGCCAAGAGAACAACAUUCCUGUUGUCGUGUUUAACCUGCAAAAUACCGGAAACAUUGCUAAAGCCAUCGUUGGAGAGAAAGUUGGUACCUUCAUAGGCUGCACAAGGAAUCAAGACCAGAGCGCGGAGGGUGCACUGGAUCAAGAAAAAGUUUGGUUAAGUAGUGAUGAAUGAAUCUAAGAGGUCUCUGCCUCUAGCUGGAUUUAGAAUAGAUUAGCUAUCCAAGUGGCAGUUUAGUUGUAAUUUUUGGAGAAGAGAAACAACGAUGGAUAUAAAAAUUGCUGCUGCGUGUAUGAUAGGAUCUAGGAGUAUGAAAUAAAUUUAGUUAUAUAAAGGUCUCAUGUGCCAUGUAUGGUGGUUGUACCUAAAGAAGAAUUUCUGUAGUUCCUGAUGGUAUAGUGAGCAACAGAAGAUGAUGAUUUCUAGCC